AUGGACCACAUAGAGGCCUUUGAGAGGAUCUGCAAUUUCUCUCGCUCUAAUGGAGUGCCACCAGAUUAUGUCAAAUCCACGUUGUUCCCAUUCUCUCUUGAAGGGAAAGCUUCUCGCUGGUUGCAAUCUCUCCCAACCGGUUCUCUCACCUCAUGGGACCAGGUUCGAUCAACAUUCCUGAGCCACUUCUACACAAAGUCCAAAACCGCGGCUUUACGGCACAGAAUCUCCAACUUCAAGCAGAAGUCUGAUGAACCUUUUCAUGAAGCUUGGGAAAUUUAUAAGGAAUACCAGAGAGAGUGCCCACACCAUGGGUUUGAUGAUGAUUACAUAUUGGAGGUGUUCUACGAUGGAGUGAGUUAUGAGUUCCGAAACACCCUUGACUCUUCUAGUAAUGGAGACUUCAUGACUCAAACCACACCUGGUGCGUUUGCGUUGAUUGAGAACAUGGCAUCAAGUUCACUGAACAAGAACAAGGAGCAUGACCGCUCGAAGAGUGUGAACAGCAUAGAUGAUCUCGCUACGAAGGUGGACCAACUGCUUAAGGGAAACCAAAGCCAAUUGUUCAUAAUGGAAAAAGCAACUCCUGAGAAGAGUGCCGGUGACCUGGCGUUUGAAGCUGAAUUAUCAAGGGACGAUCAGCUAGAGGUGAGCUACGUGAAUGGGCAAGGAUGGCAGCUCAAAAACUACCACCCAAACCCUAACGUGCGGAACAACCAACAGCUUUUCUGGCCUAAGCAAGAUAAACCAACUGAUCCUGCACAGAGUAACCAAGGUCAGUAUGCCGGGUAUCAAAAGAACUACCAACCCCGGGCUUAUGUUCUAAGCCAACCGCAGAACAACACACCCCAGAUGCAGAAACACCAGAACCCUCAACCAGCUACCUCCGCUCCUAUCGUUGCUCCGCAAGAUGAGACAAAGGUCAUGUUGCAGCAGCUGCUCCAAGGACAACAGCUCCAAGGGAAAGCUCUGAACCAGGUUACUACCGAGAUCAGUACCAGAAUGAACCAUAUGUUCAGAGAUUUGAGCACCAAGUACGAUAAUGUCGCGAGCCAUAUGAGACAGAUGGACAUUCAGAUAGCUCAGACUGCUGAGAGCGUCAAGAGGCAGCAAGUUCAACUGAGGAGCGGAAAGCAACUUUCCGAGCCGGAGAAGAGGAGGUUCGCCACGGCUGAGAAAGGGAAGCAGAAAGAGUCGAAACAACUACCAGCCGAAACCCCGGCAGUUGAGAGGAAUACGGAACCAGUAGUUGGAACAAGUUCGCCGGGGCCAGAACAACCAGCUGAAGAUGUUCGCCCGAUCCCAGAGGUUGUUCCUCCUCGCGAAUACAUUCGUAAAGUCCCUUACCCUAUUCCAGCAAAGGCCACUCGUAAGGACAGAGAGGAGAUGAAGUGCAGGAAGAUGCUGGAUGACCUAACCGUCCGAAUCCCUUUGAUGGAUGCGAUCCAGAUGAUCCCCUCCAUGCGCAACUUUAUGAAGGGAUUGAUCUCAGGAAAAAUAUCAGAGGAGAGCGAAUUCAUGAUAGUUUCCAAGGAGUGCAGCGCAGUGCUUCAGAACAGGCAGAUAAAGAAGCAAGGAGACCCCGGCAAGUUCGUCCUCUCUAUCCAGAUUGGGAAGACAGUUUUUGCAUGUUCCUUGGUUGAUCUUGGAUCCAGUGUGAACCUCAUGCCUUACUAUGUAGCACGACGUCUAGGAUACACGCAUUUCAAACCAACUAAGAUGUCCUUAGUGUUCGCGGAUAGAUCAUUCAAAUCCCCAGUUGGCAUACUAGAGGAUCUCCAAGUAAAAGUCGGAAACACCUCUGUUCCAGCAGACUUCGUUGUUCUGGAGCUGGAAGAAGAGUCUAAAGAUCCUCUCAUCUUGGGAAGACCAUUCCUAUGUACUGUUGGAGCCAUCAUUGAUGUGCGACAAAGUAAGAUUGAUCUGAAUCUUGGGGACAUAGUCAUGCAAUUCGAGAUGGAUGAACUACUAAAAAAGCCGAUGUUAGAUGGCCAGACCUUUGAGGUUGAUGAAGGGAUUGACCCGCUGCAACCUCGUGAAGGAAUGGUCAAGGAGAUUCUUACAGAAGACCCACUUGAGCUUGCACUAGUAAGAGCUGAGGCCGAGCAGAGUGUCGUACACAUUGAUGCAGACGGGUAUGCCAAGAUGCUUGAUUUCGCAAGGAGUAUAGGAAGAAUGGUAGUGAGUCUAAGUCUGGGGGAGGCAAGCAACAGGGACGAGAACACUCCAGCUGGAGCGACCCCUACACCGAACUUGCAUGUUCCGCCGAACCAACCAGAUGAUCCCUGA